CUGGCUGGCAGCGGUACAGAUGCUGAGGGCCCCUCCCCUCCAGCAGCAGCAUACUGUAAUUGGGAGGUUGCCGUUUGUCUUUGCCGGGGCGAACUGCCACAGAGUAACCAGCCAUCCAACACACACAGGCGCACAGAGUGCACAUAGAGUUCAAGAGCGCUGGUGUGCGUUAAACUACUAUUAUAGGCAGUGGACAUAUUUGGUGGAAGUUUUCACUUUAUUCAUCCACUGUUCUUUUGGACGUGCCAAACUUUCGCUUACUUUUCUCAGUGCGUCAGGCAAUUAAGUGCGACGCCGCUGUCCGGGCAUGCGUUACACGUGAGAGGAGACCGACUUGAGUGUGCAGGGUUGCAGAAAAGGACAUAGUGAAAACGGAACAAGACCACUCUACACAUCAUGAAGACAGAGGAUUCUGUUAAUCGGAGUCUUAAUGAAGUUGGGGCGCUGCACUGCAUGUCUGGCAGUAAUUAUGGCAGCAGAGGGAAGAGGAUUAAGGCACUAUCCCAUCUAGGGGUGCCAUUAGUGGGAUUGAUGUUGUUGGCCACCCUCCCUUUUGGAGCAGGCAUCAAACAAAGUGUCCCAAGGGUCAAACUCAGCCACGGAGAACUGUUGCAAGCCGGCAGUGUAUCUCUGUUUUUGGGCCCCUCUGAUGGUCUCCACUCCCACUCACUGCUGUUGGAUGAGGAGAGAGGUCGUCUUCUGUUGGGAGCCAGGGAUCACAUCUACCUGCUUGACCCUGACAACCUUGCCAGAGCCCCGAGAAAGAUUUACUGGCCUGCUCACCGGGACCGAGUUGAAAUGUGCAAACUGGCCGGCAAAAAUGCAAAUUUGGAGUGUGCCAAUUUUGUCAGGGUCCUCCACAACUACAAUCGGACACAUGUCUAUGCCUGUGGGACAGGAGCCUUCCACCCUAACUGUGCUUUUGUUGAAAUCACUGGGCACAGAGAGGAUGGUGUGUUCCAACUACUGUCUAGUACAGUGGAGUCUGGCAGAUUGAAAUGUCCUUUUGACCCCUUGCAACCAUUUACCUCAGUCCUCACAGAUCAGUACCUGUUUGCUGGCACAUCUUCAGACUUCCUGGGCAAAGACACAACAUUCACACGCUCCCUUGGCCCUCCACCUGACCAGCACUACAUACGCACAGACAUAUCUGAAGACUACUGGAUCAAUGAGGCCAGGUUUAUAUCUGCUCAUCCCAUUGCAGACACUUACAAUCCAGAUGAUGAUAAGAUAUACUUUUUCUUCCGUGAGGUGUCGUGGGAAGGCAACGACAAGAGCAUCGUGUCCCGUGUGGCUCGUGUGUGCAAGAAUGAUGUGGGUGGGCUGAGGAGUUUGACCAAUAAAUGGACCACCUUCCUCAAAGCCAGACUUGUGUGUUCUAUCCCCGGACCAGAUGGAGUGGACACACACUUUGAUGAGCUCCAGGAUAUCUUUCUGCUCCCUACCAGAGAUAGCAAAAACCCCAUAGUGUAUGCAGUCUUCACCACCUCCAGUUCCAUUUUCCGUGGCUCAGCAGUCUGUGUGUACAACAUGGCGGACAUAAGGGCUGCCUUUAAUGGACCUUACGCCCACAAGGAGGGGCCUGACCACCGAUGGGUAGAAUAUGAGGGAAGGAUACCAUACCCUCGCCCUGGAACGUGUCCUAGCAAGACAUAUGACGCAAAGAUUAAGACCACCAAAGACUUCCCAGAUGAGGUGAUCAGUUUCAUUCGAUUCCACCCUCUUAUGUAUCGCUCUGUCUACCCUCUGACUGGCCAACCGGUGUUCACACGUGUCAGAGUGGACUACACCAUCACUCAGAUCGUGGUGGACAGAGUUUUGGCAGAGGAUGGACAAUAUGAAGUCAUGUUCCUGGGAACAGAUGCCGGCUCAAUUCUGAAGGUGGUGAGCAUAACUCAAGAGAACUGGUCAACAGAGGAAGUGGUGCUUGAAGAACUUCAAGUUUUCCAGGUUCCCACUCCCAUCCUCAGUAUCGAGAUAUCUUCAAAACAGCAACAGCUCUACGUCGGUUCAAGGGAAGGGCUAGCCCAGGUUUCACUCAGCAGAUGUCAUCUGUAUGGCCACGCCUGUGCUGAAUGCUGCCUGGCACGAGACCCCUACUGCGCCUGGGAUGGACACACAUGCUCACGAUACAUUCCUGCAUCCAAGAGACGAGCCAGAAGACAGGACAUCAAGCAUGGAGACCCUGCCAGCCAGUGCUGGGACAUAGAAGACAGUCUUGUUGGGGGACGGGUCGAAGAGAGGGUCCUCUUUGGGGUGCAGAGCAACUCCACAUUCCUCGAGUGUAUCCCCAAAUCUCAACAGGCCCAGAUCCGGUGGUACAUACAGAGACCUGGAUCUGAACGCAGGGAGGAGGUCCAGCUGGAUGAUCGUGUUAUAAGCACAGGUCGAGGUCUCCUGAUCCGUUCCCUCCACGCCUCUGAUGCUGGCAUGUAUGUCUGUGUGGCUCAAGAGCAUACACACUUCACCCACACUCUCCUCCGUGUUACGUUACAACUUGUUUCACACGGUCAACUGGAUGGGAAGUCUAAGUCCAUUGAAGACCCUGUAGCGGAGCUCCAUCAUGGCGCUGAGUCCCGCCAACGUUAUAAAGACUACCUGAGAGUGAUGAGCGCUCCAUUUGGCUCUCUGGAGGAGUACUGUGAUUCCUUGUGGCUGGAGAAGAGGCCAUCAAGGGUCCGAGGAAAAUUGGGAGCUGGCAAAUGGAAACAUAUGCAGGAAAUGAAGAAGAGCAGAAACAGGAGACACCACAGAGAGAGGGAGGAAGAGUGGGAAAAACAAGGGAGGGUGGUGAGGACAGCAAAGCAGUGAGGGGUGUGGUACAAAUGAUACAAAUUCAGGGUUAGCUGUCCAGUUGGAUAACAAAGCAGGUUUGACACAGAACUGCAAUUGAAAUGACAGAUCAACUCGGAGCUAACGGGGUAUGGCAGACUAAGACUGAAGUAUACACUUCGACAGUUCAAAAUAAAAGUAUUCAUUUCAACAAGCAGUUUUAAGUAGUAUUUCGUUUUGAGUAUGUAAUCUCAUUCAUCUACCAGUAUGAACGGAAAUUUUGUGGUUUUAGAGGAAAACUACCAUGUGAUUUUAUUUCUGAAUCUUCCUUUUGAAUUUUUAAGAGCAAUUAGUUCUUUGGAUAAAACUGAAAUUAUAAUUUUGUUCUGUUUGUAGAUGACAUAUUUAGAAAAAAACAUCAGAGACUAAAUAACAAUGACUUUUGCUAUUUGCAAGUUCGCAUAGGCAUUUAUUGAUUUGUAGUUCAGCUGCAGUGCUACUGGGGAUGAGAUGACCAGAUGAAGGUUUGCAACAUAACUGAUCUUUCCUACAGUGUUCACUGGCAAACAGUACAGACAGUUUAUAAAGGCAUUAAUUUGAUGAUAUUAAAACAAGGUUGGAUUGAUGGGAUUGGGGAAAAAAAUAAGUUUGCUUAUGGUGAUGACAAUGCAUUCAUGUUGAAUGACUGUAAAUAUUUAUAUAACAUGUACAGGAGAUACAGCAUGCUCAAUUUAGUCAUAUUACCGAUCUGUAUAACUAUAGUGAUUAUCAGGUAUUAUGUUUGUGUUGACAAAACGACAUAUUUUUGUACAAACGCUUCACUCUUAUGUACUGUAGGUUCAAUAGAUGUUCUCUUUAUUGCUGUUUUGGAAAAUUAUUUAAAUAAAUUUGUCUUGG